AUGUAUUUCAAUUUCGCUGCAACAGCAGCUCUUCUCUCUCAUGCCCACUUAGCGCAGGCUCUUCCACAAAUCGGCUCUUCGAUUUCCUCAUCCUCAGUUGCAUCUACCAGUGCAGUGUCUGCCCGAGCAACCGUAUGGUCUGUAUCCGAGGCAGCAGUUCCAACUAGUACGGCAGCAUGCAAUAACUCACCAGAUCUUUGCGAUAGACACUACAACAACAUCACCCAUAUGGGUGCUCACGAUGUAGCUUUCUUGCGAGAUAGCUCCACCUCUUUCUCCACGUCAGGCAAUACAUUCUACAAUGCAACUGUCGCACUUUCGGCAGGGAUUCGACUCUUACAAGCACAAGUGCAUCUCGAAGCAGGAGUUUUACGACUCUGCCACACUUCUUGUUUGCUUUUGGAUGGUGGAACUCUUGAGGCAUGGCUUGCCACUAUCAAGACAUGGAUGGAUGCCAAUAGGAAUGAGGUGGUAACGGUGAUCUUAGUCAACGCGGACGAUCAAAAAUCGGCUUCAUUUGGCAAGGUUUUCACAUCCUCUGGGCUUUCCACCUACGGCUAUACACUGCCUACAACAUCGUCCAUGUUGAUAUGGCCUACGUUACAAAGCCUCAUCAGUGCCAACACACGUCUUGUCACUUUCAUUGCAAGCAUCGACUACGAUCCGGCCUUCCCGUAUCUCCUGCCAGAAUUCAACUACAUAUUCGAAACCGCUUUCGGAGUCAUGUCACCAACAGGAUUCGGUUGCGAUCUUGAUAGACCUAGCACUCAGUCAUCAGCGGCUGCUGCCGUUUCGGCAGGUUUCAUGGGGAUGAUUAACCACUUCCUAGAUAAGGAUGCUGGAUUUGGAAUAAUCAUUCCGGAUGUCGAUAAUAUCACGAGCACCAACUCACCAUCCACUACCAAUGUUGGUGCACUCGGCAAGCAAGGUGCGGAAUGUUAUAUUAAAUGGGGAGUUAAGCCAACGUUCAUUCUCGUGGACUUCUUCAACGUGGGGCCUGCUAUCGAGACGGCUGAUAUGUUGAAUGGCAUCGUCGGCACUGGGAGGGUGGUUGUCAGUACGGAACCGCUUACGUUGGCCACCAAUUCUGCCUCACGAUUCAAUGGGUAUAGUGGUCUUACCGUCGUUGCGAUAGCAAUGGCCGUGGUGGCGAUUGUGAAUACUGUCUGGUUAUAA